AUGACAUUCAGCGGAGUGAGUGUAUGUGUUACAAUCGGCGUGAUCGCAACGUGGCGAAUCUAUUCGGAGACACCAAUCGUUCGAGCGACAGGUCGGGAACUGGCUUACGUCCAGCUCUCUGGAUGCCUCGUCUGCUUCCUGGUUCCCUUCAUUUUGUUGGCAAGGCCAUCCGUGUUCACCUGUUCCAUGCAGCGCAUUCUCAUCGGGCUCGGAUUCGCCAUGAUGUACGCCUCGUUGCUGACAAAGACAAACCGGAUCGCACGGAUAUUUGACGCGGCAAAGCACACCACCAGAAGACCUGUGUAUAUAUCACCUCGUUCGCAGCUUGUCAUUGCCGGUGCACUGAUCACUCUUCAAUUAGCCCUGUCCGCCAUCUGGUUCGGAUUUGAUGCCCCAGACACGCGAAUCGAUCCAAUCCGAUCGGAUUAUUUGGUACUACGAUGUGCGAUGAAGGAUAAAAGCUUCCUCAUCUCGUUGGCAUACAAUGUAGUCCUUAUCAUCGUGUGCACAGCGUACGCCGUGAAGACAAGGCGUAUUCCAGAAAAUUUCAAUGAAUCGAAAUUUAUCGGAUUCACAAUGUACACCACAUGCAUCAUUUGGCUGGCAUUCUUACCCAUGUAUUACGCCACCAUGAACAACUUUGAGAUACAGAUCGCCACAUUGUGUAUCUCGAUCAGCCUCAGUGCGAGCGUGAUGUUGAGCUGCCUGUUCCUCCCCAAGCUCUAUAUCAUUUACUUUCAACCGGAGAAAAAUGUUCGCCGUCUCAACAUGAGCAAUCGGAGUGCAAAGCUGAAACUGCCGGUAGUCUCGCAACCCGCCUACCUGAACGCUAUAAUGGAGCAACAUAAUGACGUCUCAUACUUGGACAGUGCCGGCACAAGUAUGACAACUACCGCGGCCCCGACCUCAGCAAGCUUGACGUUGACAAGUAGCACUCAUGCAGAGGAACAAUUUGGGAAUCUUGAAGGUUCAACCGAAAUCCAGGCCCCACCUCCGACUGUGAUGAAUCCCCGACCACCAGGUGAACGGUAG